UACGUGACCGGCUCGUGAGGGAAUGACCGCUCAAAGCCUAAGCACUCCCAAAAGUGACCUCCCCUCCUUCCCACACACGCAUUCGCGGUUUCUGCGUAACAAUUUUUGCACUCCGACAAAUUUUACAAUUUCCAACACUUCUGACUGUUACCCACCACGCUUCUUGCUUUCUAAGUGUUAAUGUAUACACUUAUUAAUAUAAUUCAUCGAUCGGACCACUAUCAGCAUAUGCACUUGUAUGUCCUCUUUAGUAUGGCUACCAGACAUACUCCCAAAGAACACGUUUAAAAAACUGCCAAGAUACUGUUUUUUGCGGUACACUACACAUCGCGCCCGGCUUGUAACGGCCAUGAUGCUUUGCCGAGGGGCCCCGAACGGCCGCGGGUUCUCACGAAGCCGACCGAAAAGCAACGGAGACACCCGAGCGGCCAUAGACCCGCCAUUGUUACGAAAAUCGCGACGAGCAACAACAUGGGUGCGAGUACAAGUUCGAAAGUGCAGUGAGAAGAAAGGAAAAGAAAAGCAAAAAAAGCACAGAAGAGUAAAGAAGAACGAAGGAGGGAGUGACGAAGGACACGACACGAGGAGAAAGUCUUCACAUAUGGACGGACCGUGGGCGUGGAUCAGCCCUUGGGCCCGACCGUAUGAAGGAAAAUGGAGAGUCGGUACAAAUCAACGUCAUUCGGUCAACACGGUAAUUGGCAGCUCGCAGCAUCGAGGUAUUGUGUCUAGAAAAGCUGAGGAAUCCAAGGAGGCGCUAUCUCUGCGUUGA